UCAGUGAGCAACCCUAAUUAACCUGAUUUUUUGCUGAUAAUCACUGUCAAUGGAAUCAAAUCACAAAUCCGGGGAUGGAUUGAGCGGCACCCAGAAGGAAGCGGCCCUCCGUGCACUGAUCCAGCGCACAGGAUAUAGCUUGGUUCAGGAAAAUGGACAAAGAAAAUAUGGUGGUCCUCCCCCAGGCUGGGGUGCUGCACCCCCAGAAAGGGGCUGUGAAAUUUUUAUUGGAAAACUUCCCCGAGACCUUUUUGAGGAUGAACUUAUACCCUUGUGUGAAAAAAUUGGGAAGAUUUAUGAAAUGAGAAUGAUGAUGGAUUUCAAUGGCAACAACAGAGGCUAUGCAUUUGUAACUUUCUCAAAUAAACAGGAAGCCAAGAAUGCAAUCAAGCAACUUAAUAAUUAUGAAAUCAGAAAUGGGCGUCUCCUAGGGGUCUGUGCCAGCGUGGACAACUGCCGAUUGUUCGUAGGAGGAAUCCCUAAAACCAAAAAGAGAGAAGAAAUCUUAUCGGAGAUGAGAAAGGUCACAGAAGGAGUUGUUGAUGUCAUUGUCUACCCAAGUGCUGCAGAUAAAACCAAAAACCGGGGCUUUGCCUUUGUGGAGUAUGAGAGUCACCGUGCAGCAGCCAUGGCCAGGAGGAGGCUGCUGCCAGGAAGAAUUCAGUUGUGGGGACACCCUAUUGCAGUGGACUGGGCAGAGCCAGAAGUAGAAGUUGAUGAAGACACGAUGUCUUCAGUGAAAAUUCUGUAUGUAAGGAAUCUUAUGCUGUCUACCUCUGAAGAGAUGAUUGAAAAGGAAUUCAACAAUAUUAAACCAGGUGCUGUGGAAAGAGUGAAGAAGAUUCGAGACUAUGCUUUUGUGCAUUUCAGUAACCGAGAAGAUGCAGUUGAAGCUAUGAAAGCUUUAAAUGGAAAGGUGUUAGAUGGGUCUCCAAUUGAAGUGACCUUAGCCAAACCAGUGGACAAGGACAGUUACGUUAGGUAUACAAGGGGCACAGGCGGAAGAAGCACCAUGCUGCAAGGAGAGUACACUUACUCUUUGGGCCAUGUUUAUGAUCCCACCACCACCUAUCUUGGAGCUCCUGUCUUCUAUACCCCCCAAGCCUAUGCAGCGAUUCCAAGUCUUCAUUUCCCAGCCAACAAAGGACAUCUCAGCAACAGGGCCCUUAUCCGAGCUCCUUCUGUCAGAGAAAUUUACAUGAAUGUACCUGUAGGGGCUGCGGGAGUGAGAGGACUGGGCGGCCGUGGAUAUUUGGCAUACACAGGCCUGGGUCGAGGAUACCAGGUCAAAGGAGACAAGAGAGAAGACAAACUCUAUGACCUUUUACCUGGGAUGGAACUCACCCCAAUGAAUCCUGUCACUUUAAAACCCCAAGGAAUUAAACUUGCUCCCCAGAUAUUAGAAGAAAUUUGUCAGAAAAAUAACUGGGGACAGCCAGUGUACCAGCUGCAUUCUGCCAUUGGACAAGACCAAAGACAGUUAUUCUUAUACAAAGUAACUAUCCCCGCGCUGGCCAGCCAGAAUCCUGCAAUCCACCCUUUCACACCUCCAAAGCUCAGUGCCUACAUGGAUGAAGCAAAGACAUAUGCUGCAGAGCACACCCUGCAGACACUAGGUGUCCCCACAGAGGCAGGCGACAGUGUGACUACAGCUGCUGCUGCCACCUCGGCUACUGUUUUCCCAGGAUAUGCUGUCCCCAGUGCCACAGCCCCUAUGUCUGCAGCCCAGCUCAAGCAAGCAGUGACCCUUGGACAAGACUUGGCAGCAUACACAACCUAUGAGGUCUACCCUACUUUUGCAGUAACUGCCAGAGGUGAUGGAUACGGAGCCUUCUGAAGACCUAUUUCUUAUAACAAAAAUAAGAGAAAGAGAAGUUUUAAAAAAGAAAGAAACCUCCAACCAGUCCCCUUAGGACCAUAAGUCAUGCCUUUCCCAAAGCAGCGCCUUCCUUGAGACUGCAUAAUAUACUCAUUGUAGUACUCAUGAAAUGUGAAUGUUAUUCUUCAAGGAAAUCAAACGUUAAGGAACCUUUUACUUAACAGAAAGUUGAAGAGCCAUUGACAAUAAUAGUUGUUCUUCCAAGGAUCCUGUGUCUUGGAAGGGUGUUACAAACCCUGGCAGAAUGGAAAGAGAUCACUUGGCACCAAGAACUGCAGCUAAGCAUAACUAAGUAGUCAGAAGCAAGUCUCAGUCCCUGGCCCACAACCCCUUUAUGACUCACAAAGUCACAAAGAGACGGAAGGAAAGCAGGAGACCUUGCAAGAUGUUUUCACCAUGUCCACCAUGUGUGGCACGGCCCAUGCGUGAGCUCAUGAAAAAUGUCUGAAAUUUUAUAUACUUAGCAUCACUUCAGCUCAAAAUUCAGUCAAGUCAAUCUGUCAUAGAUCAGUAUUACUCUGUUCCAUGCAGCUGCUGGGGACUUCCUAGAAAGGACAUGAUGUGUUUUACAUAUGAUUGAAACAAAGCCAAGCCCUGUGUUUAUUCAACCUCUUAGCCCACACUGUUCUGCCCUAUAACUCCUACCCUACCCCAGGAUGCUCGCUUCACAGAAACUAUGCCAGCACCAAGUUCUAAAGUGAAAAAUGACAGUUUCUCAUCUGGAAAUUCGGACUUGUCUACACUGAUCUCCUUUCAUCUCAGAUUUGGUGUGUUCAACUCUAACACCAUGAAGAAAAUCUGAUCUGCCUAAUAUCACUUGUGAUACUCUCUUCAUUUGCAAAUUAGUCAAAAGUUGUUCAAAGAGAGAUGUGAAGUUGUUUUGCUUUGCCUCAUUGUGUUGCCCUGGCUGGCUUCAAACUUGCAAACUUCCUAUCUCUGUUUCCCAAGUGCUGGAACUCUACACAUGUGCCACCACACCCAGCUCCAGAGAGUUCUAUUAAGUUGAGGUCAGCUUUGAAUUCUUCUUCCCAGUUUAUAUAAAAUGUGCCAGGAGUCUUUGCCCUUCCUUUCUUUUAUUUCUUUCAGUAUGUGCAGACAGCUUUUACAUGGCUGAGCCCUCUGGUCUUGAAACUCUCCCAGGAAAACUUUGCACCCAUCAUUGCUGAUUAGACAUGGUCUCUUCAGAGCUCAGCAAAAGUGUUACUGGCCAAAAUGAUCCUGAGUCUUGGGACUAUCCAAUGCUGAUGGUAGGGUGGUUGGGAGGCCACAAACCAGGAAUGGGAGGAAAAAGGUGAUGCUGAUACAAAUGAGGUGUGUUCAAAAGAGGAAUAUUCAAAAUCCAAACCUGAAUACUGUUUCUACACCGGUCUCAUUAAUGGUUUAAGACCAUACGUAGCACUAGAAUUUCCAUUUAAAAAAUAAAACUUUGGUACUUAUGAAACCCUCUAGAACUCCAAGGAAAACAAACACAAAGGUGCAGAAAAUUUUAUCAGCUCCUUAAUGGAAUACUGUAAUCCAAACUCAGAACAGACUCCAAUCCAAGACAGGAACAUUUCAAACAUAUUUGAAGGCACUCAUCACCUUUCCAGUCGAACAUUGACAGUUCCUAAGCUCCAGCAGUAAUUAGGGAAGGUCCUGUGCUCUCUGGUUUACCCUUUCAUUCUCAUGUUAUAUUCCUGAGCACAGUAGUUGGGCUGUACAUUUGAAAUACCUGGAGAGCUUUCAGUGUAAGAUAAGGCCAAGGUCACGCCCCGUGCCAAGUACAUCAGAAUGUCUUCAAAUGGGAUCCUGACAGUAUUUUUUAAAGAUUCCUCUGUGGUUUCAAUACGCAGCUCAGUUUGGGAACUGCUGUGUUCUUAGUGUAUCUACUCUCCCUCUUUAGCUCUUUACAGUUCUACUUCUAUCAAAUAUAAAAGUGCAUCUAAACUAAGUUAAAAAAUAGCCAUAUAUUUAUAGUUAUGGUCACCUCACCAUUAGUAUAAGUUUGAAUAUAAUUCAUAUUGGCUUCAAACUAAUUCUCAAGCCAAAUUCCAAAAAUGGAAAAAUUAAAAAUGGCCCUUAAAGCAAUUUUUAUAUACAAAUUUAUAUUCCCCCACAGACCUCCUUUUAUUUUCAGAGGGAAUAAUUAUAUUGACAUAGUAAAUGUCCUUUGGACAGACAAAUUUCUCCUUGGCUUAAAAAAGUAUUCCAAAUGCUAAGAGCAAAAGCUCUGAAUGGUCUUAGAAUCUUCGAAAAUAAAUAGCAAAGGGCACCCUGCACGUUUAAUCAGCACAAAACCCAGAGACUGCUGCAGAGAAGCCUCAAGCUCAUUCAAAAGGAAAAGAUCAUUGCUUAAUACAGAAGUCUUAUGAGAAAAAUCAUUAUUCUGGAUGGCACCAUCAUCAUUUAAAAACGAAGAUUAGCCAGGCAUGGUGGCGCAUGCCUUUAAUCCCAGCACUCAAGAAGCAGAGGCAGGUGGAUCUCUGUGAGU